AUGGUAAGCGAGGACAACGCAGAGAAGCAGGACACCGCGGGUCUAAACAUACUGAAGGAGCUGAAUGGGGAGGCUAGAAUGGCGGUCGCGCAAGACCUGGCCAUGUAUUACAUCCACCAGCCGCGACACCCGUACGUGGUCAACAACCCGCUCUGCCAGACAGAGGAAUUUGCGCGUACCAGAAUGGACGUGCAGAACCAGGUGGCCGUCCUCACUGAGUACCUGACUCGUUCGCAAGCGGACAACACCAGGCUGGGUGUAGAGUUGGUGGCGACUCAUAAACGGGUGAAAGAGCUGGAGGGUCUGUUGGAAGAACGCGAUCGGGAGCUGGCCGCGAAAGACGAUCGCGUGAAUGAUCUGGAGGCCCAGCUGUCGCGUCUCACCGUGAGCAGCUCAGGGCCGACCGCGGAUCCGAGUCCGGCAAACACUCCUGGAGCCGCGGCCGCGCCUACCAAUGCCGCAACCCCCACCGACCAGGGAACGCGUAAGAAGCCCGCACAGCCGACCAGGGAAGAGACAAUUCGGGACGCGAUCAUGAAGCCAUGGGUCAACGCGACCAAGCCGUCGGACGGAUGGAAGCUGUACAAGUCCACGCACGCGCUGGUAGGCGAGAGUCCAGAGUCGCUCCUGGCCCAACCCCGCGGUGCAGUUACACGAAUGGCCGAGCUCAUUGGGAAGGAGGGAGGCGGCCAGAACGCCGCCCAGAACGCGAUAAACCGUGUAAAGCGAGUCAUGGACUUCAUCUCGCGCAGGGUGGAGCAGGGAGACAACAUCGCGGUCGUGCUCGACAAGCUCGACCUCGUGUCUCGAACUGUGGGCAUGUCGGGUGUGUCGGAAGGGAUCGCGGUGAAGAAGAAGAGUGUUGACUUGAACCUGUGCGAGCUGAAGAAGGGUUCCCCGGCGGAGGUGCAGUUGCGGGUGAAAUGGAUGCUGGUACGCGACCGCAUGAUCGAUGCCUCUCUUCCCGCGUCAGAGUUUCCUGUCGCGUGGCCUCAGUAUUGUGCUCAGAUGCCCCCGCUAGAUUAA